AUUUUCACCGCCAAUUCUAGGAAGAAGAAAAAAAUCCUCUGUGAUUCUGCCAUGGAUAGAGCUUUUCAAAGAACAAAAAUCUUCACAAAUCAUCUCCUCCUUCAAUCCUCUGAUCCGCUUUCGUCCCUCUCAUCAAACGCUUGUUUGAGUUACUCCACUCCCGAAGAUUCCGAAAGCUACGUGUUCGACGUCAAGCAGAUGCGGAACCUAAUCGACGGACAUGAUGUGGAGGAACGUGAUUGGCUGUUCGGAUUGAUGAUGCGGAGCGAUUUGUUCAACCCGAAGGUGAGGGGCGGGAAGGUGUUCGUGUCGCCGGAUUAUACACAGUCGAUGGAGCAGCAACGGGAGAUGACGAUGAAACGGAUCGAGUAUUUGCAGGAUAAAGGAGUGUUCAAAGGAUGGUUAACGGAGAAGGAAGAAGAUAUCGUGUUGAGGAUAUGCGCUUUCCUUGAGGUUCUGAGUAUCUUCGAUCAUUCCAUCAAAAUUAGGGUCGGAGUUCACUUCUUCUUGUGGGGUGGUGCCAUCAAAUUUCUCGGUACAAAACACCAUCAUGACAAGUGGCUGAGGGCUAGUGAAAAUUUCACGGUCAAGGGUUGCUUUGCAAUGACGGAGUUGGGGCAUGGAAGUAAUGUUCGCGGUAUCGAAACAGUAACAACUUAUGAUACAAACACAGGCGAAUUCGUCAUUAAUACUCCGUGUGAAUCAGCUCAGAAGUAUUGGAUUGGUGGGGCAGCUAAUCAUGCGACGCAUACAGUUGUGUUUUCACAGCUGCAUAUCAAUGGAACCAACCAAGGGGUUCAUGCGUUUCUAGUUCAAAUCAGGGACGCUGAUGGUAACAUAUGUCCAAACAUUCGUAUUGCUGACUGUGGCCACAAAAUUGGUUUAAAUGGUGUUGAUAAUGGUCGGAUUUGGUUUGACAAUGUUAGAGUGCCCAGAGAAAACUUGUUAAAUGCAGUUGCUUAUGUUUCACAUGAUGGACAGUAUAUAAGUCCAAUAAAGAACCCGGAUCAGAGAUUUGCUGCAUCCAUGGCCCCUCUAAGAGGAGGUCGUCUUAAUGUCUCGGUUAAUGCAGUUUAUCAAUCAAAGGUUGGUUUAGCAAUUGCCAUUAGGUAUGCACUAACAAGGAGAGCAUUUUCUCUCAAACAAAAUGAACCGGAGGUCUUAUUGCUAGAUUACCCAAGUCAUCAACGACGACUCUUCCCUCUUGUUGCAAAAGCUUAUGCAAUGAGUUUUGCAGCAAAUUACUUUAAAAUGCUGUAUAGGAAGAGGACACCAGAGUCGAACAAAACCGUUCAUGUAGUUUCAAGUUCAUUCAAAGCAACUUUUACUUGGAAUAACAUGCAAAUACUUAAGGUAUGUCGUGAAGCUUGCGGAGGACAAGGAUUAAAGACCGAGAAUCGUGUCGGUCAUCUGAAAGCUGAAUUUGAUGUGCAAUCCACAUUUGAGGGCGACAAUACUAUCUUGAUGCAGCAGGUCAGCAAGGCUCUUCUCGCCGAAUACGUUGCAGUUCGAAAACGGAACAAGGGUUUCACGGCUCUGGGAUUAGGACACAUGAAUAAACCCCGCCCUGUCAUUCCGUCACAGCCAACGAGCACGACCCUCCGAUGCAGCGAAUUCCAGAUGGAUGCCUUGUGUUUAAGGGAGCGAGAUUUGUUGGAUCAUUUUGUUGCUGAGGUCUCGAAUUGUAGAGCUAGAGGAGCAAGUUCCGAGCAGGCUUUCAAUAUGUGUUAUCAGCUAGGAGAGGAUUUGAGCAGAGCUUUCUCGGAACGAGCAAUAUUUCAAACAUUUGUUGAGGCUGAAGCAACUCUACCUGCUGGUUCACUCAAGGAUGUAUUAGGUUCAUUGAGAUCAUUAUAUGCCUUGACUUGCACCGAAGAUGCUUCGUAUCUCCGGUACGGCUACCUAUCGGUCGACAACGGUGCCGGUGUACGGAGAGGGAUAGCGAAAAUGUGCAGCGAACUCCGACCGCAUGCGCUUGCUUUGGUCACUUCCUUUGGCAUCCCCGACGCUUUUCUCAGCCCUUUAGCCUUCAAUUGGAUCGACGCAAAUUCUUGGUCUUCGGUUGAGGCGUGAGCAAUGGAACGGGUAUGCCACUUGAAUUUUACCAAAU